UGAGCAUGCUCGAGGGACUGGAGCAUGCUCACUAUUACCAAGGCACGGAUGUGGAAUGGGGAACAUCGCUAUAAUUGGAAGAAAGCCAUGGAGGCUAGAAGGAAGCUCCAGAGAUGUACAGUUGUUCCUUUUCCAUUGGUGCUGGGUCUCAUAAUUGGACUAGCCUCGCCACUCGCCCAGGGUCGGAAUCUCCGCUUUGUUACCUUGUUAUAUCGUCAUGGUGAUCGCUCCCCAGUGAAGGCAUACCCUCAAGAUCCCUACCAGGAAAGUGCUUGGCCACAGGGGUUUGGACAACUUUCUCAGGAAGGGAUGCGGCAACACUGGGACCUGGGCCAAGCCCUGCGAAGGCGCUAUGAUGGAUUCCUGAACGCCUCAUACAAUAGACAGGAGAUCUUCAUCCGCAGCACAGACUUUGAUCGGACCCUGAUGAGUGCUGAGGCCAAUCUGGCAGGACUGUAUCCCCCAGAAGGGCAACAGGUGUUCAAUCCCAAUGUUUCUUGGCAGCCCAUCCCUGUCCAUACAGUACCUGGUUCUGUGGAGCGGCUCCUGAAGUUUCCAUUAACCCCCUGUCCCCGUUAUGAACAGCUGCAAAAUGAAACCCGGCAUACAGCAGAGUACAUGAAUAAAACAGUUCAGAAUAUGGAAUUCCUGAAGAUGGUGGCGCAAAAGACAGGAAUCCAGGACAUUUCCCUUGAGUCUGUAUGGAGUAUAUAUGAUACACUAUUCUGUGAAAAAACACACCAAUUGCCACUUCCAUCAUGGAUAACUCCUAAUGUGAUGACUCGGCUGCAACAGCUGAAAGAUUUCAGCUUUCAGUUCCUUUUUGGGAUUUACAGACGGAUGGAGAAAGCUCGUUUGCAGGGUGGGGUUCUUCUCUCUCAAAUAAGGAAAAAUCUUACUCUAGCUGCAAAUACCUCUGCACACCAAUACCUUAAAAUGCUUGUAUACUCAUGUCAUGAUACCACUCUUGGGGCCCUGCAGAUGGCCCUGGAUGUUUACAAUGGGAGGCAAGCACCUUAUGCUUCAUGUCAUAUGUUUGAACUGUAUCAAGAGGAUGAUGGCACUUUUACAGUAGAAAUGUACUUUCGAAAUGAAAGUGGGCAUCAGCCUUAUCCACUACAGUUACCAAACUGUGAACAACGUUGCCCAUUGCUAAAAUUCCUGCAACUCACAGACCCAGUUAUUGCACAGGACUGGGAACAAGAGUGUCAGAUAGCAAGCACUAUGAAAGACACGGAAUUUAUUGUGGGUUUGGCUGUCUGUGGAUCCAUCCUCUUUCUGCUUACUGUCCUGCUCCUGACAGUACUCUUCCGUAUGAAGGCACAGCCGCCUGGUUACCGGCAUGUUUCCAAUAAAGGAGAAGAACAACCUUGACAACUGCACCAGCCCCUGCUGGGGCAGCAGGAAGGAACACUGCACCCCCCAGGAACAAGAUGGGCUUCCAUUGGUGACUGAACAUUUCAUUUGUCUUGUUAUCUCCAAGCCCAAAGGCCCAGACUUGAUGUCAGAGCUUCUGUGACUAUCAAAAUGAAUCUACCUGUCAUUUGGAUAAUGCAUUUAAGUACUGGGUGUGGAAUACCAGCGUGAUUUGAGGUUGCUGUUUGCUAAUAUGCAACUAGUUCCACCAAGGAUACAGACUUACUUUCUGUGAAGCCUCGGGUCUUCAAUCCUGGGCAAAAAGGUCAUUUAGACUGAGUAUAGCUUUCAGCUGGGAUUUGCUGUACUUCAGAAAAUUUUGUUCUGUCUACUAGUUGCCAUGUGCACCUCUCUUCCUAACCGUGGGAAAAGGGCCUGAAGCUAAACCAGCAAUAACUGGCUUCUCCAGACUAGUCAGCAACUGAGAAUCAACUGCUGCCACCCUUGUAAAAUGAAGUAAUUUGUUUGAGCACUUUGCUCUGAGGAAUUUGAUCCCUAUACAGGGAGAAGGUUGGGCCUGAACCAAAAAGUCCCCCUCCCUACAAUCUACAG